AUGACGGACCAAUCCCAGCAAAACGGCACUUCUGAAAAGGAGGCGAAUGCCCGACAGCCCUCGCCGAUUGAGGAGCCCGCUGCUAAGAGACAAAGGGUCCAAGAGCCGACUUCGAGUGAACCGUUGGCCGACCAAACGGCCACUACUCAGACCGGUGCCACCACACAGAAUGGCACUGUGGAGAAAGUAGACGACAGAGAUAAUAGAAACAAGGGCUAUGCUCCCAUAAAGAAAGAGUAUCUGAUUGACGUCUCUGACCUUCGGGCGGAGGCUCAGGACGCCAAAGCCGAUGACGACGCUGCCGAGGGUCGCAGAGGCGGCGACGACAGAGACGGCGACGGCGGCAAGCAUGGAAAGAAGAAGAAGGCCAAGGGUCAGAACACGGAGCGCUCCUUUGGCAAGUUUGACGACGCCUUGCCCCUCUGCAACAGCCGCGCCUUCUACCCCGAGUUUUCACCCCGCGAGUGCCGCUUCGGUGACCGCUGCCGCAUGUGCCACGACGUCCGCAAGUACCUUGCUGAAGGUCGCCGCGGCGACGUGGAGACUUUCGAGGGCAAGUGUCCCGUGUUUGCAAAGUACGGACGGUGCCCGUCGGGCUGGAAGUGCCGCUUCGUGCGCAGCCACAUGGACGAGGUCGAGCGCGAGGACGGCCGCAAGGAACUGGUCCUGCUCGACAACUCCAAGAAAGAUGGCGACGCUACUGAAGACGCCGACGCCGACGACUCGCGGCCCGGCGUCGUCAACGUCGUGCCAAUGUCUAUCAAGAUUGAUAUGAACCGCAAGCGUCUCGACUUCAGCGACGCCGAGAAGUACAUUGCCUGGCUCGACGGCGAGUCCAAGUCAAACAACAAGAACCACCAACGCCGCAAGGCCGAGGCAGGCGGUGACGACGCCGCCGCCGCAGCAGCCGCCGAGGCCGCCGCCGCGGAGAACCGCGCGCGGUUUGUCGACCCGCCGUUCCUGCCGUCCGAGAAGCGACGGCUGUACUUUGGCCCCGAGACGCCGACGCUCGCGCCGCUGACGACGCAGGGUAACCUCCCCUUCCGGCGACUGUGCGUGGAGCUCGGGUGCGAGCUGACGUACUCGGAGAUGGCCCUCGGCAUGCCGCUCCUGCAGGGCGUCAAGGCCGACUGGACGCUGAUGAAGGCGCACGAGUCGGAGCUUGCGCCGCCGCGGUACGAGGGCACCGUGCCACUCUACGACAAUUCGCGGGACCUGCGGUUCGGCGCGCAGAUCUCGGGCAGCGCACACUGGGUGACGACCAAGGCGGCGAGCGCGCUCGCGCGCUUCUGCCCGCACCUGCGGCUCAUCGACCUCAACUGCGGCUGCCCGAUCGACAUGGUGUACAAGACGGGCGGCGGGUCGGCGCUGCUCGAGGCGCACGGCAAGCUGGAGCGCAUGGUGCGCGGCAUGAACGCCGUCUCGGGCGAGGUGCCGUUCGGCUCCCGCGAGCACCGCGACCGCCUCGGCGCGCCGGGCUGCGCCGCCGUCACCCUCCACGGCCGUAGCCGCGAGCAGCGCUACACCAAGCUCGCCGACUGGGGGUACAUUGCCGAGUGCGCCGCCCUCGUCCGCAGCUACAACGAGCAGCGCGACGCGCUCACCGACACCGCCGCGGAGCCCGACGCGCGCACGCAGGCCGCCGCCGGCCGCAUGUUCUUCCUCGGCAACGGCGACUGCUACUCGCACGUCGACUACCAACGACACGUGGAGGAGGCGCGCGUCGACGCCGUCAUGGUCGGCCGCGGCGCGCUCGUCAAGCCCUGGCUGUUCGAGGAGAUCGCCGCCGGCCAGUACCUGGACAAGUCGGCGUCGGAGCGCCUCGCGUACGUGGAGAAGUUUGCGCGCUACGGUCUGGAGGCCUGGGGCUCGGACGAGCUCGGCCUCGGCUUCACGCGUCGCUUCCUGCUGGAGUGGCUGAGCUUCGCGCACCGCUACGUACCGAUCGGCCUGCUGGAGCGCCUGCCGCCGAGCAUCAACGAGCGGCCGCCGGCGUACCGCGGCCGCAACGAGCUCGAGACGCUGCUGGCGUCGCCCAACUACAAGGACUGGAUCAAGAUUUCGGAAAUGUUCCUGGGUCCUUGCCAUCCUGGGUUCCAGUUCAUGCCCAAGCACAAGUCCAACGCUUACGAGGCAGAAGGUUAA